CUAGACUAGAAUCUUGUCUAUAUAGAUAGACUCUAGUAUAAUCUAUAUAGAUCUAGUACUAUAGAGCUAGAUCAGUACUGACAGUAGUAAUUUUAAACUUUAAAAAAUGCCUUUUGAUUGUCACGUCUGUGGCAAUAAAGAUUACGAUGAACAGGAUGGGCUGUACUUUUGUACAGAAUGUGGAACCCAGUCGCAGGACCUCCAUGUUCAAGAAGUUGAUUUCUGUGCUGAUGUUAAUGCUAUUCACCAAGUAAAAUCAUCACAAAAUGAUGGCGCCACAAGAGGAACAUAUAGACCUAAAGUAGAUUUGGGAAGGCCUUGGACUAUAUAUGAAGCAUAUCAAAUAAUUAUUAUUGCUCAAGCUGAGGCUCUAGUUGGUUUAGGGGCCAAAGAAGAAUUAAAGGAUAUUAUUUUUACCAUUUGGGCUAAUUAUUUGUCUCUACUUGGCGUGGCCUUUUGUGAUGAUGAAAGGAUUGUGCCAGAUGUUGUUGAGAAAUUCAGAGUAGGAAGAGCAAGCUGCAAAUCGGAUAUUACUCAUUUCCAACUACCAGUAUCAGAUAUAAACAGCUUUUUUUUUUUCUUCACAAGAGAACUACGCCGAGGCUCAUUUGACACUCCUCUUAACAAAAAAAUGAAAAAGACUACAAUAUUAGAAAAGGACAGUACAAAAGAGAAUAGCUUAUUUGAUGAGAUCCUAGAGAGUGAAGAAAAUACUGAUGAUUCUUUUAUUAAGAAGUUUGAUAGCAGUGAUGAAGGAGAAUCAAAAAACAAAUCACAGAAAAAGUUCUAUAGAAAGCGCUACGAAAAGGCUAAACUAUCACCAGAAUGGAUGAACUUAGAGAAAACCAUUGCAAUUUGUUUUAUAGGUGUCUUGCAUACGAAUCCAGAAAUUCUUCUCCAUGAUAUUGUAAGGUGGAUAUAUGAAAGCAAAAUUCCUUUUCUAUCUACAUCUCAUCUCCUCCCAUCCAACAUGGUUCUGUCUGGAGGUGACCAGUCUCUUUUUAAAGUGGGAAAGUUUGAUACAAAGGUUCUACUGAAAGAGGUCAACAAACUCUGUACAUAUUUAGUAUUGAAAAGUCUACCAGCUCCAGAUAUUAAAGAGCUAAUUAUGCGCUUUGUGAAGGAACUAUAUCUCCCAAAUGAAGUGAUGCACAUAAGCUGUAAUUUAGCUGACAGAAUACCUUAUCUAUCAAGUGCUAAGACACAUUACAUUCGACAUGAUCACCAGGCCAUGGCUUAUAUCAUUCUUGGUCUGAGGCUUGUGUUUGGAAUUGAUGAUUCAACAGAGUACUUGUUAUCAGAAUACUCUUCAAAACUUCAAGAAUGUUUACACCCAGACACCACGAGGCUGUUUAUCUGGACGGAUUGGAAAAAAUUACAUAUUUAUAAAAGUUCUGAGGUCUUUGAUCUGUACAAAGAAUUAACUUGUGAUGUAAGCAGUGCUAAAAUGAAUCAUCUUGAUUCUCUGGUGUCAUCUUAUACUAAUCUUGGAUUUGACAAGAAAAAACUUACAACCUUUGCAACUUUAAAUAUACAUCAGCGUCCAGUUCGUUGUUUUGAAAAAGAAUUUAGAGAAAGCCUGAGAAAACCUUUAGAUGCAGCAUUAGAAAGAUUUGAAAAUUUUAAUCAAAAAAUAAUUGAUAAAUCUGAUGGUGCAGAACAACUUUGUAGAUUAAAGGGAGAAAACUUCAUUAAUUCAUCACUAUGUCAUAUAGUAAAUGUAGAUCUAUUUAAAAAACAGACCACAGAUAGGAUUCAGACCACUGAAGCUGAGAUGCAAUUAAUAAUUUCAAAAUAUCUACCCCCCAAGUCUGAAGUUAGUCAGUAUAAAUAUCUUUCAUCAGGGGAUGACCUGAUUCAGCAUCGACAUCAAAAUUACUUAUGGCUAUUGCAGAUGGCCAGUCAAAGUAUCUGCUGCAAAUUGAUAGAAUUAGACAGACUUGUUGUCAGAUUCACUGAUUACUUGAUUGCUGCUUCCAGUAAUAUGGAUAUGUCUAAUACUGUAUGUACCACCUGGGGAACCAAAGUAGUUACUAAAAGAAAGAAAAAAUUGUUUUGACAUUUAAUUAAGAUAUAUAUUAAGUUUCCUAUUUAUUGUCUUAAAAUACCAAUAAAAAUGUUUCAUAAAUGA